CUGCCGAGCCACAGCAGGCAAGCCUGGGGGCAGCCCGGCAUGGAGGGCCGGGAACUGCUGUCCAUCUCAGGAAAAUGCUGUUGAGGCGGGGUGGGGGCAAGGGGUCAGCGGGGUCCUAGACUCAGAGGCAGCUUGGGUUCCUCUGCUCUCUGCUAGCUCUGUGUCCUAGGUAACUCCGGUCCUGCUCUCGUUGCCUGCAUCAGGCAAUGCUGUGCCUGGGAGGCUGCGGCCCCGGGACGGAGGUGGAGGCUGUUAGGGUCACCCUGUGUCGUCCCCUCUCUCCACAGAUUCAGGGCAGGGUCCUGCUCCUGACCAUCUGUGCGGCUGGCAUUGGUGGGACUUUUCAGUUUGGCUACAACCUCUCCAUCAUCAAUGCCCCGACCUUGCACAUUCAGGACUUCACCAAUGAGACGUGGUGGAGACGGACCGGCCGGCCACUGCCCGACCACCUGGUUCUGCUUGUGUGGUCCCUCAUCGUGUCCCUGUACCCCCUGGGGGGCCUCUUUGGAGCGCUGCUUGCAGGGCCCCUGGCCAUCAAGCUGGGAAGGAAGAAGACCCUCCUGGUGAAUAACAUCUUCGUGGUGGCUGCAGCGGUCCUGUUUGGCUUCAGCCGCAGAGCAGGCUCCUUCGAGAUGAUCAUGCUGGGAAGGCUGCUCAUGGGAGUCAGUGCAGGUGUGAGCAUGAACGUCCAGCCCAUGUACCUGGGGGAGAGCGCCCCCAAGGAGCUCCGAGGAGCCGUGGCCAUCACCUCAGCCAUCUUCACCGCCCUGGGGAUCGUGAUGGGUCAGGUGGUCGGGCUCAGGGAGCUCCUGGGGGGCCCGCAGGCCUGGCCCCUGCUGCUGGCCAGCUGCCUGGUGCCCGGGGUACUCCAGCUGGCCUCCCUGCCCCUGUUCCCUGAGAGCCCGCGCUACCUCCUUAUUGACCGUGGAGACACCGAAGCCUGCCUGGCAGCGCUGCAGCGGCUGCGAGGCCCCGCGGACGUGGCGGGGGAGCUGGCGGAGCUGGAGCGGGAGCGCGCCGCCUGCCGGGGCCAGCGCGCGCGGCGCCCGUGGGAGCUGUUCCGGGAGCGCGCCCUGCGGAGGCAGCUGACGAGCCUGGUGGUGCUGGGCAGCGCCAUGGAGCUCUGCGGGAACGACGCGGUCUACGCCUACGCCUCCGCUUUGUUCCGGGAGGCGGGGGUCCCCGAGGAGAGGAUCCAGUACGCCAUCAUCGGGACCGGGAGCUGCGAGCUGCUCACGGCCUUUGUCAGCUGUAUGGUCAUCGAGAGGGUGGGCCGACGCGUGCUGCUUAUGGGGGGGUACUGCCUGAUGACCUGCUGCGGGAGCGUCUUCACGGCAGCCCUGUGCCUGCAGAGCUCUGUCCCCUGGAUGCCCUACCUGGCCAUGUCCUGCCUCUUUGCCUGCAUCCUCAGCUUUGGCAUCGGCCCCGCCGGAGUAACAGGGAUCCUGGCCAUGGAGCUGUUUGACCAGACGGCCCGGCCUGCUGCCUAUGUGGUCUGUGGGGUGCUCAUGUGGACCAUGCUCUUCCUGGUGGGACUGGGGUUCCCCUUCAUCAUGGUGUGAGCAUGAACCUGCAGCCCAAGUGCCCAGGCAGAGCGCCCCAAGGGGCUCCCAGGAGCCGUGGCCAUGACCUCAGCCAUCUUCCCGGCCCUGGCGAACCUGAUGGGACAGGUCAGACUCAGGCAACCAACACCACCUGCAUGGGGGGUUUGAGGACACCAGUCAGUCCAUCUGUCCUCAAAUGGUUUUUCAAGUCCCACAGCCUGAAAUCUCCCAGUCUGGGUUUAGGCUGUUGUUAACACUUCCCACUUGAGUGUGAAUUGCCUUGUGGGACUCCACCAGGACAGGGAGAGAACUAGGAUAGGGACAGAGCAAAAGCUGCAUAGAGCGAGGCAUGGCCUGAUGGAGGGAUUGGAGGGAGGGUGCCAGCCUCAGAGCCCGGUUAUCUCAAGACAGGGAGAGGCUGGGCCUAGGCUCUUGGGAAAAUGGUGCUGCUGCCGUGAGAGAAGAGAAGCUCCCUGCCCCACUGGCCCUCUCUUGAGUCCUCGCCUGGGCAGACUUCCUGACCCAGAGCUCGUUAGGAAGAAUCACUGGGUACUGCAGAGCCUCUGUAGGCAAGU